AAAAAAAGUAGAAAUCAAUCUGAGAAAAAUUUAAAACCCCUGCUGGACUCGAACACGCGAUCUACGGUUUAGCAGUCGACGUGAUUUUUUCUCUCUUUUAUUUGUCGACGUGCCAACCUACUGAGCUACUCAGCUAGGCGAGAAUGUUUCUAAUGAAUAGAUAGAUAUUGCUGAUAUGUAUAUGUUCAUCCAUGUUUUAAAAGGAAGUCAGCCAUUAUGACGGUGUAGAGUAUCUCCUUAACUGAUCAAGAUACAGGAUAUAGGCAUUUUGGCGGGUGUGACCCUUACUCCUCCUAGGCACCCGAUCCUACCUCUGGUGUUUCCAGGGGUCCGUGUUUGCCCUGGUUUCAAUUUUGUAAUCGUUAUAUGAUUUAUGAGAUUUAUCACUUUCUUCACUCUUUUCAUAAUACAAAUCACGGAAGGUAAAAGUUCACUAAAUUCAUGCUAAAUAGAUUACAAUAUGUCCCGUGUUCGUUAAUGUGCACAGUAUCUAUUAGUAUGCGGAACAGCAUUAUAAAUAUCAAUAUAAUCGAUCAAUCAGAAGCAAUGUCAAGGUCAAUUUACCUCUUCGUAGAAAAGGUGAAAUCAAUCUCGACUUUUUAUAUUAAUAUAAUAGAUGAUACAAAGCUUUUCGAAGACCGGAGCAGAUCAGACAUUUGGAUUGCAGUAUUAGCCGGAUCACUAACAAGCUUAGGAUAUCUUGUCAUCUUAUUUUGGAUAUUAUUAGUAAAGGAAAGGAAAAACAAACUGCUAAAUGUUACAAAGUCCUCAACAAAUCAUGAAAACGCCAAUGUCGAUUUCGAAGCAGAUGAUUACGAAAACAUCAGGGACUCUCAUUUGGUGCUGAACUGUGGUGGCGCCUGUGGAGGUCAAAAGACACUAGACAGGGUUAGCUAUGCAAAGACACAGACAUUGUCCAAUCCAUACAAUAAGCUGAGCUUCAACAGAUGCAAAAGCGGUACAGAGAACGAUAGGCACGGUCAACUGUACGACAUUUCUAGCGAAACUCCCUCGCAAAAUUUUGACGUAGGAGAAUAUGUGGCUGUUGCGUCUGAAAAAGUUGUCUCCAAGGAAUUGAGUGUUGGGUGUUGGGAUAGUGACAAUAAGGAAAUUAACAAUGAUUGUUAUGUCAACAUUGAUUACGGGCAGGACAAUUCGGAGAAACCAGAUUCCAUAUACCCGUUAUCGAAAACGGAGGUCCGGCGGGAAAAACCUAAAAUAAAACCAAAACCUGCAAAUCUUCACGUGACGAAGACAACGAGAACGAAACAUACGUCAAAUACGAACAGACCUUACAGUGUGGCAAAUCGAAUAGAUUAAACUCAUUAUGUUAAUAUUCUUAAGACAUUGUAUAAAAGUAUUGAGUGUGAAAUGUAAUAAGAAUUAAGGAAGUUCAACGUAACUGUCACAUGACAGAAAAACAAGUACGGAAACGCUCUUAAAUAGUUCUAGGUAAUUGACUAUGCAGAGGAAAUUGAGAUUGUUGGUCUUAAAUGUUAUAACAAGUGCUCAAUUUGGAUCAUCAAAUCUUUGUUACAAAUAUGGCUCUUGCAGCUGUAAUAGAGGGAGGUGUCUUUGUACUCUGAACUCACACCAAUGAUCAGUAUACGAAACAAGGAUUAUUCUAAAUUAUUUUGAGAGAAAAGAGUCAAAGAUCAUGGCAACAGGAAAAUGCAUAUUAGGAAAUUGUUAAAGUAGACUAUACUCGGCCUACGUCACAAUCAAAUGUAAAUGAGGAACCACUCUUCCGUUUUCCGAAAUGUAAUAUUUUAACGAUAUCUAUUUGAUUUUUAGAUGGCGAUACGAGAUAUGAAUAUCCGAUAUCAAUUCC